AUGCCGUCACCUGUUAAAGUCAUCGUGGUUGGAGCUGGGAACCGUGGUGAGAACUACUCUGAUUAUGCCUCUGUCCAUCCAGAUCGCAUGCAGGUAGUAGGAAUUGCUGACCCAAGAGGUUUUGCACGAAAGAAGCUCCAGGAGGCCCACAAAGUAGCUAAUGAAAACGUAUUUGAUGAUUGGCACUGUGUGGCAGAGAGGGAGAAGUUUGCAGAUGCUGUGUUUAUCUGCACUCCUGAUCGCCUUCAUAAGGAACCUGCAGUAGCUUUGGCAAAAAAGGGUUAUCAUAUAUUACUGGAGAAACCAAUGGCUGUUACUCUAGAGGACUGCACCGAGAUUGCUGAGGCUUGUAUCCAAAGUGGUGUAAUGCUAACUGUGUGUCAUGUUCUCCGUUAUGACCCGUUCAUCAGCAGAAUAAAAGUUUUGAUUGACAGUGGGGCCAUUGGAGAUGUCAUUCACAUUCAGCACCUAGAACCAGUAGGGUUCUAUCACUUUGCUCACUCCUUUGUAAGAGGAAAUUGGAGAAAUGAGGCUGAAAGCUCGUUUGCUCUUUUAGCCAAAUCUUGCCAUGAUGUGGACCUGAUUCAUCACUGGGCUGGACGCAGGUGUAUCAAGGUUUCAUCUUUUGGAUCUCUUAGCCAUUUCCAAAAAGAAAAUAAGCCACCAGGGGCAUCUAACCAUUGCUUGGACUGUCCUGUGGAAAGUGACUGCGCGUAUUCUGCAAAGAAAAUCUACUUGGACAGGGUUAAGCAGGGUUGGGUGCGAUGGCCAGUGUCUGUAGUGUGCUCCACCUCAAUUCCUGAUAUUGAGUCAGUAACUGAGGCCUUAAGAACAGGUCCGUAUGGCCGCUGUGUCUAUGAAUGCGACAACGAUGUGUGCUCCAAUCAGGUUGUUAACAUGGAAUUUGAAGGGGGGCUCACUGCUUCUUUUACCAUGGUGGCAUUUACAGAAGAGAUAUGCAAUCGUAAAACCACUAUUUAUGGCAGUAAGGGGGAGCUGUCCUACAAUGGCCAUGAACUUAAAGUAUUUGACUUCCUUACUCAGAAGUCAACAAAGCACACCGUGGAUAUUAAUGUACCAGAAGGUUUUGACAAAGGUGGUCAUGGGGUUGCAGAUUAUCACCUUGUGGACUCCUUCAUUUCAGCAGUCACGAGUGGAAACCCGAAGCUGGUCCAGUCCGGUCCAAAGGAAACAUUGGCGAGUCACAGGCUGGUGUUUGAGGCUGAACGUUCUCGUUUAGAGAGUAGAGUUGUGUACUGUGCAACUGAUUGAGACUAGGAGAGGAAGACUGAGUGCUGUAUAAUAAAGUUUUUUAUAUAAAAAAUUAUACAGAUAUUAUACAGACAUGACAUUGUUUCCAAUGAUUAGUGAAAGUGUAGUCUGUUUUUUUUUCUGCAAAAGAUUCCUCACUAAAUGUAGUAAUUAUUAUACAUUAUUAUGUAUUGUAUGAUGACUAAUGACUGA